AUGGAGCAGAUGCAGGAUCUGCAAAAGCUUGGGUAUGAAACAACAGUGGCCAAGAAACAACAAGACGCCUUACAACUGGCGGUAUCCCGGAUUGCACAGGAGGUGCAGGCAGAAGUUGUCGACCAAUUUCCGGAGCCAGAAACAUCCGCCAGCAAGGUCUCUGGCACCGAAAACGGUCUGCGCCAGCAGGUUAUCGAUCACCUUUCGAAGACUAAACUAGCGAAGCAUCUCGACAACGAACAGGAAAAAGCCCUCGCCACACUCAGGGCUGAAAUCAAACAGAAUCCCGAGCUAAGAUUGACUGACAAGGAGAUUGAUGAAUUGUUGAAGGUUCACUGUGCUUUGUUCAUGGCCCAGCCACUCAGGCGACUGAAGAACGCAAAAGAAACAAUCUACAGAGAUCUCAAAGAUCGUGAAUUCCGGCUGCUUGUUUUGUGCAGCGCACCCAACAAAUAUCACCCCCUCAUCGCCCGUCUCCAAAAGGACAUAUUCCGAAAGGAGGCUUCUGACGUAGACAGCCUGGAUGAGAAGAGAGAUUACGCCGCGCUUUCCUACUCCUGGGGCGAUGGGUCAGCGGACCACCACAUCUACUUGCUUCCAGAGGGGACCGACCGAAUUGAGGAUUCACUUUCCCUGCCAAUCCGAGAAAACCUCUUCUGUGCAUUGCACCGAUUACGGAGGAAAGACCAGAAUGUUACCCUGUGGGUGGAUGCCUUGUGCAUUGACCAGGAAAAUAACGCAGAGAAAACCCGCCAGCUCGGGUGCAUGGUCGACAUUUAUGGUCAGGCCAGGAUGGUCUGUAUCUGGCUGGGUGAGAGUGACAAUGAAAGAAGAAGUGAUAAGGCGAUGGAUUUCAUCCCGCAGUUGGUAGACAUGGCGACUUUGGACGCCAACACUGACGGCAAGGACCAUGCUCACCAGUGGGCGGCUCUUUCAGAGCUUACCCGAGAUCCCUGGUUUGCUAGACGAUGGAUUGUCCAAGAGAUCUCACUCGCAAGUAAGGCCGUUGUAUAUUGUGGUGAGAAGAUGGUCCAUUGGGAUGUGCUUGUCGAUGCUAUUGCCCUUCUGGUGGCCAACGAAGAGCGCGUCAGAGCCUUGUUCGAUCCUUCAAAAUGGCGAUAUGGGCGCAAUACACUAGGGGAGAUUCAGUUUUCGAGCGCAAACAUUCUUCUCGAGGUGAUAAGUAGCCUGUUUCCAACUACCGAGGACCGCAGCAAACACAAACCGUUGAAAAGUCUGGAAUACCUGGUAACAACUCUGCAAACCUUCGACGCCAGCGACCCACGCGAUCUGAUAUACGCCCUAGUGCAUAUUUCGCGUGACUAUUCAGAGGGGAGGAUCACAAUGGGUCACCAGCUUACGGAGAAGCAGCAAAGCCUUGAAGAGUUGGAUCAGCCCACAGAGAAGCAGCAGAGCUAUGAAAAGGUGCAACAAACCCAGCCCCAAUUACACAUAGACUAUGGGACACCCAUCCCUACCGCGUUCAAGCAAUUCACUGAAUAUUGCGUGAAGUUAUCCGGCUCGCUAGACAUCAUCUGUCGCCCUUGGGCGAAAAAACCCAAAUCCCAGGAAUGGUCUCUGCUCAAGACUUCCGAGGAAUGUCUAUACAACAAUCUACUUCCAAGCUGGGUUCCUCUGCUGGAGAACGCAGAGUUUGGUGGCCCUGGACAGUCACACAAAGGUCGAAAGAAUGGACGAAGCUUUGUCGGGACGGUAGGCCAGCCGAUCUACAACGCCUCCAAUAACAUGCAAGCAAAGAAUGUCAUAUUCAGCGAAGAGCCAAUGUCUAUGAAAGUGACUGGCUUGCUUCUGGGAACGGUGGAAGAAGUUUCCCCGCGUUGUAGUGGAGGCGUGGUCUUCCGAGAGUCUCUCAGGCUCGGUGGCUGGGAAGGAAUCGACCAUGGUCCCAAGGUUGUCCCGGCUAAGAUAUGGCGGACCUUGAUUGCGGAUAGAACUUCGAACGGACUGUCCCCUCCCCCUUGGUAUCAACGAGCUUGUCUGAGAAGUCUCGAAAUAGCUGACAUGUUUAGCGGUGGUGACCUGAAUACUGGACAACUCUCAGAUGAGGUAGUCUUCGUGCGGGACUACCUUAGAAGGGUCCGAGAAGUGACAUGGAAUCGUUGCUUUUUCAAGGCAGCGGGUCAUGAAGAUGCGCAUAUCUCUGACAAGCAUCAUGCUACAGGUGACGAUAAGGCCAAGGUCGAACUGCAAGCUUCCAAUUAUGGCGAUGGUAUGCCUGAUAUUAUGGUCGAAAUUACAGACCAAAUUCAACACAAAGAAAAUCUCGAUACCGAUUUGAGUAUUAUAGAUGCUGAAAAGCUCGUACAGGAUGGAGAAGCAACUGAACAGGCUGGAAAUGAGAAUCCGGUACAUGUCAGCAAGGGGGUAGAUUAUCCGAAUGUCCUCAUACACAAUGAACCAAACAUGGAGAUGUUGACGGUCACACCUUCGGAGAAAAUAGGGCGCAACUACACGUCUGGACAAGAAGCGGAGUCGAACUCAGAAAGGACGGCAGACUGUUUUGGUAUUUGCCCAAGAAAUACAUCCAUCAAGGAUAAAGUGUGUAUUCUGUUCGGGUGCAGUGUUCCGGUUAUUUUGCGCCCACUAGGGAAAGAUACCUAUGAGCUCGUUGGUGAGGCAUAUGUCCAUGGCGUGAUGAAUGGGGAGGUGGUCAAAAACAUGGAGGAAGAAGUGUUGAAGAGGUCGACGAAAAUAUUUGACAUCAGAUGA